AUGGAGCUGGGCUCGACAGAUUUAGGAAUUGAGAAUCAGCACAUUGAAGCGGAUUUAACAAAGACAUGCAGAAGUUCACCUGGCCUAUGUAAUUUUGUGACAGAGGAUUGCAUACAAGGACAAUCUUUGGGAAAGUAUGUUUGUCGGUGUAAGAAAGGUUUCACAAGAUCAGGCGACGGAGUUUGCACAGACAUCGAUGAAUGCAUUUCAAACAAUAAUCCAUGCGACUCGCUGGCAGAAUGCAAGAAUACACAGGGAUCUUAUGAAUGCAUCUGUCCUCAAGGAUACGAAACGCAAAAUAAUAAUUGCGAAGACAUUGACGAGUGUGCAGCAGGAAUGGACAACUGUCAUCGCGAUGCAGUUUGCAUCAAUAACAUAGGAAGUUUCUCCUGUCUGUGCAAGGCAGGAUUUCUUCACUAUAAGAAUGGAAGACUUUGUCUUAAAGAGCAGCAAGAGAAUUCCAGCACCUUAGCAAUGAUUAUUUUAGCCUGCAUGAUGUUCGCAGGACUUCUGGGUACAAUCAUUUUAUUCAACCUGUGCAGUGUUCUUUCGACUAAUCCUUACAACUGCAACUGCAAAAUGCAUUGGUUCAUUACCGAAGUUCGUUUAAACUAUACCAAAGUAAAAGAGAAAGUAGGGUAUCUCAAAGAUAUGAGAUGCGAUAAGCCUGCAAGAUUGCAUAGAAAACGUAUUUAUAAACUGAAUGUUAGCGACGUUUGUCCUAAUGGAGUACCAAAUAGAGACGAAUGCAAACUUCAGCUUCACGAAUGUCAUCAGCAUGCGGACUGUCGUGACCUACCGAGAAGUUAUAGCUGUUCUUGCAGACCUGGUUUUACGGGAAACGGAAAGAGCUGUUCUGACAUAGACGAGUGUAGUGAAGGUACAGCAACGUGUCCUCGUCUCACCGUUUGUAAUAACACUGAAAGUGGCUACAACUGUACUUGCAAAGCUGGAUAUGUUAAAGACGACACUGAACAUUGUGUGAAAAAAGAAAUGUGCAGCGGCCUGUCCAACCCGUGUGAUCGUGAGACAGAGGAGUGCUUUGAAGGAGAGUCUUUGGGAAACUACGUUUGUCGUUGUAAGGAGGGCUUUAAAUUAACAAAUAACGGACUUUGUGAAGCAGAAGAGUCAAAGCUUGAAGACACACCUAUCAUUAUGUACAUCGUCGCUGUGUGCGUCUUGAUCAUUUUGAUCCUGGCGAUGAUCAUUAUAAUCAUAUGUCUGAUUGGAGUGAAAAUGAAAAGAAAGAAGAAAGGUUCCAACAAUAAUGACAACUCGGGGGAGUCUGACUCGUGGUUUUCCUAUCUAACGUUCCCCGAAGCUGACAUAGAUCAAAUUCGAAACCACGAUUACGAGUCUAUAACGACUUUGUAUCCAAUAAGUGACGAUGAGCGAUAAUUUUCACUGUAAUAAGUCUUAAUUUUGUGUAAAGGAUGAAGGGAUUUCAAUUCACAAUGUCAAAUAAAAAUUGUCCAUUUCGGUGAUGGAAUCCAGUA